ACUCUCCUCUUUUUGCACUAUGUAAAGCUGCAAGGCUUUUAAAAAAUCCUUCCUGUGCUGAUGCAUCAGAUUAUUCUAUGUUCGUUUCUUCUUUAUCUUCACAUAUUUACAUAAAAUCAAUGGGAACUUUGCUUUGCUCACAAGAGCUCCAAGUUGCAAUUUCUAAUGCUAUCAAGUCAAUACCAGAAGGGCAAGCCAGCGGAUUUGUUCAGCAGCUAGAAGUGGACGUGGAAGAUUCCUUACAGUGGAUAAAGUUUAAUCCCUUUGGGUCUGAUGGAGAAAAUGUUACUGAAACAUAUAUUCUAAAUGUCAGCAUAACAUAUUUAGAUAUGCAAACUGAAGUUUUAGGUAGACUUCUUUCAGAGGUAUAUUCAAAUGUGCUGGAUUCGUUAACAAUCACCGCGACCAAUAGCAUUUCAGUUGGGAACUCUAUAAAAAAUUUGAUGGGGACAGUAGAGUUAAGCUUCAUUAAUUUGGUUCAAAGGCAAUCUGGCAGUGUUGAUGAGUUCAUUCUUUCUGUUACGGGGAGAAGAUUAUGUGAUUAUGGAAAGUCAGAAACUGAAAGUGGCAUAUGCAUAAGACCAUUGAGUAUUUCUUGGAUACUUGUGUUUUUCUUCCGCAUGUACAUUUCUUGUAGAAGUUUAUACCGUCAAUUAAUAAGCCUUAUGCCCCCAGUUUCAGCAGUAAAGGCAGCAAAGUCAAUGGGAAGUUGUUUUAUUGUGGCUCACGAAGGUGAUUGGAGAGAGAGACCCGAAUUUAUGGAUGAAGGAUAUUUUUCUUGGAUUGUUAAACCAUCUAUUUCACUUUUAGAUCUUAUCAAGUUUCAUUUAGAAGAUUUUGUUUCAAGUACAGGGUGCCCAUCCCUUCAUUAUGUAAUAUACAUAAUGGCUUUACAGAGGCUCAACGAUUUGAAUCGGUUGAUUCAGGCUUUUGAAUUUUUGCAAAGAAAGGAUGUAAAUGAAUCAAAUGAAAACUGGAAAAGACUCAUCUUGCUCUCAAAGCAGGAGGCAACAGAAAUGGCAAAUUUUUUACUGCGAAGCGGAAAAUUAUUAGAUCAUAAGGGCCACUUAAUAUCUGUUAAAAAUGAUGAACUGGAUGACACUAAGGCUUCAUAUGAAGAUGCCUGGGAUUUGAGUGUUUGUUCUUUGAAUCGGAGGUCAUUGCAUAUUGCAAUUUGGAGGCUUCUUUGUCGAAAUAUCGACAUAUGGUGUGUUCACGCAGCUAAGAAGUACUUAAAGAAAUUCUUGUCUUGUUUGUUCUUUUACUCAAUUCAAGAUGUAAAAUGCUCUGGGGAAGUCAGAAUACAGAGUGUAAAGGGAGUCUCCUAUCAGAAAGUCACAAUGCAUCAUGUUUCAAUGGAAUUUCUAGCCAACAUUGUGUCAUAUGAACAAUCGCCUUUGUGCAAGCAUUUUACAUCAGGUUUUGGCCGUGUUCUGGAGGAAUUGCUGGUUCCUGCAUUAUCUCAUGUUUGUGCAAAUAAGAUGGAUUUGGGAUCACUACCAGAUUGGUCAGAGUUCCUGAGUAUAGUGAAAAAAGAGCCAUUGAUUGGUUUGGAUGAUGGGAUUGUUUCGUUCCAUCAUUCUUCAUUAUUGCCAAAUUCAAACCUUGUUCUCCAAGAUGCAAAAAAUAUGGACCUUAAUGACAGAGAAACAUCUUUCAUGUUGACACUCAGAACUUGCGAAAGCUUGCUUACGCUGUUAUCCACGAUUCCCAAAGUCCAGCUAGAUGCGAAAUCUUUCUCAGUCUAUGCAGCGUACUCGCUGAACCUUGAAAGGUUAGCAGUAUCUUGUUUACUGAAAAACGGCACCAACUCUUCUUUAUGUGAACCCUAUGAGCUUGUAAGACUGUUUAUAUCUUGUAGAAGGGUCAUGAAGUCUCUGGUAUCAUCAUCUCUUGAUGAUAAUUGUGGACCCACAGAUUCUGCAUCUAUUUCUUCUGUGUUUGGUUCUUCAGAUUCUAUUUUGUGGCUUUUGGAGUCGGUUUCUGAAAUAGUUGGAUUGCCACAUGCCUUGUUUGGAGUAACAUAUUCUAGCUGGUUACAAGAUGUGAUUUUUCCCUUGAUAGAUCAUACAUCUUACAUUUUUUUGGCAAUAAGUGAAAAACAAAUGAGUGCUAUAAAGGACUUUAAAAUAAAUGAAAAAAAGUUAUUUAGGGAACAUUCAGUGGACAUUAUGGCUGAGAUAUUGAAGGACCAGGUGAGAAACCUAUUUACUUCCAUGGGCAGUCUGCAGGAGAUCAAACCUGAAGACCGUGUCAGAGUUCUGGGUUGCAGUAGGUUAGCAGUUAUCAUUUCAUGUUUCCAGGGGUUCUUAUGGGGGCUAGUAUCAGCAAUCGAUAGUAUAAAUCAGGACGUGCCUACUGUAAAUCCACAAUAUUCUCGGUUGAUACCUGCAUGUCUCCCUAUACUCUGCGAGUGCAUAACUCUAUUUGAAGAAAUAUUAAACCUGUGCCUCAACCUCUUGACAAGCUCUCAAGCUAUGGUAGUGAUCUGCUCUACAGGUUAUCAUGAUAACAACGGAAAUAGUCCUUCAGAAUGUGCAUUUAGUGAAAGUCCAUUUUGCAAGGAAAAAGACGUGUUACCCCUUGAUACAGCUGGUAAAGCUAACCUUGUUAAUCAAGUUCAGGAAACAAAUUUGUCAAAGCUGAAGAACCUAAAAGGACCUUUGUUAGAAAGCCUAUUGAAAGGUGAAGAUCCUCAAAUAGCAUACACGCUUGGUAAACUCUUUACUGCAUCUGCUGCAAUUCUGAAGCUAAAAGGUAUGUUACGGUUUCCUAGGUCUCUGGGAUCAAAAGUUUCUUAUAGCAAAGUGGCUGUAAAUCCUAUUCUUGUUCUUGAAACUUCCGUACUGAUUCUGAAGGAAAUGGCAGAGAUGGUUGGCAGAAUGGAGCCGGUCUCAUUUGUUUGUUUAGAUGGUAUUUUGACAUUUCUGGAAGCUGUAGGGAGUAGUAAUGGUGAUCUUAAUUUAUCAGAAGAUUUUUAUUCUCAGAUAAUUGAUACACAUCUCAGAGCUAUAGGGAAAUGUAUUUCCCUCCAAGGAAAAUCUGCAACUUUAUAUUCUCACGAGUCUGGAUCAAGUUCAAAGAUGCUGCAAUCUCAUAAUGAAUUAAACAGAAAUGACUUGCAGCUGCUAGAUCAAAUCAAAUUGCGAUUAAAUGCAUUUAAAGUUAGGCUAAGUAUUUCAUUCAAAAAAUUUAUCCUGCCAAAAAAAUUCGAUCUGAUGAUAGCUCUUCAGUUAUUGGAGAGAGCACUUGUUGGGGCACAACCUGACUGCAAUACAGUUCAUGAUUUAACCACUGGCAAUCUGGAUGGUGGAGAAGUCUCCUCAACUGUAGCGGCUGGUUUAAACUGCUUGGAGUUGGUUCUUGAAUCUUUAUCAGGACAUGAGCUUGUGGUUGGAAAAACCUUUAGCUUCAUUAAUGCUGUAUUCAACAUAAUACUUCACUUACAGAAUCCAACAAUAUUUUAUGUAGAUAAGCAGCUAAACUAUAAAGCUGAUAUCAAACCAGAUGCGGGCUCAGUCAUUCUCAUGUGUGUUCAGAUUCUUGCAAGCAUAGCUGGUAAUAAGUCCAUUCAUCUGGAGGCAUGGCAUGUGAGCCAAUGUUUGCAUAUACCAUUGGCACUUUUUACUGGUUUCCAGCAGCUGAAAUAUUCUUUUCCUUCAUCUGAUGCAACCACAUUUUUUGAUAACCGGAAAAUAGAGUCCUCAAGGGAUACGUGUUGCGAUAUUGUAGACCGCAAGUUCUCUGUUGAAUUAUAUGCUUCAUGCUGCAGAUUAUUGUGCACAACUCUCAACCACCAUCAACAUCAUACUGAACAAUGCGUUGCUAUCCUUGAAGAGUCAGUAAGUACCCUCCUUAACUGUUUAGAGAUGGUGGACACCGACUUAAUUAGAGGAAAUGCUACUUUUCUUGGGAACGGAGAGGCAAUAAAAUGUGCAAGUUAUCUGCAGGAGAAUUAUGAGGAGAUAAGAAAUGAAAAGGAUGUGUUUGCGGAGCACUCAUCAUACUUUCUGUCCAAUUACAUCUCCAUGUACUCUGGCUGUGGUCCCCUGAAAGGAGGAAUCAAAAGAGAGGUAGAUGAAGCAUUGAGACCUGGUGUAUAUUCCUUAAUUGACGUAUGCAGAAAAAGUGAUUUUAAACGUCUCCACACUUCUUUUGGUGAGGGCCCCUGCAGAAGUACUCUCAAGACUUUGUUACAUGAUUUUAAUGUAAAUUUUAAGUAUAAAGGGAAAAUCUAAUAAAAAGGAGUCUUUGUCACGAGUUGGAAUCGGCCAAAGCAUCAGCUCAUCUACUUCAAAGCUUAUAGGGUUGGAAAUGCUUUUAGUGCCAAUGGUGAAAAGAUCAUAAGGAAACGUCAUAGCUUGUUUCUGUAGACUAAAGAAGAAUUCAGCUUGAGACCGGAUACAUCAAGAUAAUUAAUUGACCCAGCUGGAUUAAGAAUUUGAAGAAAACUGUAGGAAAAGGAUGGAAGGGGUCUAAAGAAGAUAUUAUGGGCUUCAAUUCAUGUUACCUCAAUCAAAGCAGACCAUAGAAGACAAGACACAAUUUUCCCUCUUGCUUGAGCUCUGCUCCUUAUGCUUCUUGCAGGGUGAAGCCUCCACAAGAGUAAAAAUACUAAUCUUAUUCUCUUUAUAUAGCGAAAGAGAGCGCGGGUUAAAUUCAUAGGAAUGGAGAAACAUAAGUAAGAGGCUCUCUAGUUUCCUUUUUUCCCGUCAUCGCUAUGCUUCUUUGCAUGUAACAUUAAGGUUAUAAUUAAAGCCCUCAUAUUAUCAAUGAUGUUUAUCUGAUGACCGUGUUAGCUUCUACUAUUCCUAUUCCUAGGCAUGCAUAGGGUUUGUUGUUAUAAAUAGCAAAUAAAUGAAUAAAUAAUUGUUAGUUUGUGCUUGUAUGUCUUAA